GGGGGGUGUCCUCCCUUUUUUCCCUUCGUCCCUCCGCUGGCGGAGCUUCCUCAUGAGUAGAUGGGACUUCCUUCCUUUUUGAAUGCAUACCCCCAUGUCCUGCCCUGCUGCAAAACAUCUUGGUAGAUUGUCUCUUCUAAAGCGUUGUCAGCUUUAUCAAAGAUACUGAAUCUCAUUUGACGGAGAAAAGGACAUUUUAGUACUAACUAUAAAUUAAGGGAAGCCAGAUCUACAGAAUCUACAGGCAGAAGACAUGUGGCCAAUCAGAAGUUAAGCAUUGGGUCGGAAGACAUCCCUUGAGUUUAACUGAUGAAAAGCUUUUAAAUCUUCUCAACUCUUGUCUUAAUUUUAAUUUCAGAGCACAAUGAGCACAACACACAGGAAACGUAGGAUGAUGCCUUCUCAGCAAUCCAGACGGGUGCGCCGACAGCGCAGAUCAGAACCGGCAGAACCAGAGGCAGAAAUCGUAGAGACUGGUGCAGAAGUAGUUGACCUGACCUGUGAAUCCUCUGAACCUGUGGUUGUUGACCUAACCAAUAAUGAUUCCGUUGAGAUUGUGGAUGAAGAUCUCUCCUCUUCAAAUAGUCAGCCAAGUUCUGCUGAUGAUCAGCCAGGCAGAACGCAGUCAGACAGCUGUAUUCUCUGCAGUGACGAAGAAGAUGCCAGAGCAGAUGGAAGCAGCAGCCUGUCUGUAACAAGUGCAGCAGCUGUACCUCAGGGAAAUCGUCUUCAUCCUGCCUUGUGUAACAAAGGCUUAAGAUCUGUUAAAAAGCUUGCUCACUGCAGGACUUCCUCAGGAACAAUUAGCUGCCCCAUUUGCAUGGACGGUUACACAGAGAUUGUCCAAAGUGGGAGGCUUAUCGUCUCGACUAAAUGUGGUCAUGUCUUCUGCAGCCAGUGUAUCCGGGACAGUCUCAAAAAUUCACACACGUGUCCAACCUGCAGAAAGAAAUUGAACUCUCGUCAGUACCAUCCGAUUUACAUUUGACUGCGAAUCUUCAUCAUGAACCUUACAUACCGGACAAAGUGUUGGCCACCUUGAAAUUCUCUUGUGUUCUUCAGCUUCUCUGCAGAAAUGCGCGGUCCCUAUUGGAGACCGAAAUGCGUUUGCAGGACGCACGCAUCAUCAGCUGACCAUCUGUCACCAUCUGAUCCUGUCGACUUGCUGUAUUUAGAAUGGUGUUUGGUGGGAGGAGGGGUGGGAUGAGUGGAGGGGGAGGGUGAGAAAUAAAACAAAGCACCAGCAUAUUCCAGUCACCAACUAAACUCAGAUGUGUGUUUUGUAUGUGUUUCUCUUUCUUUGUCUUCCCUCUCUUUUUCUGCCUUCCCUACGCCCCAGGUCACUGACAGGUAAUUGCUGUACAAGGUUUGUAACACUGCUGUGUACAGGUGAUCUUCCAUUGCAUUGAUUUGCAAACUGUUUUAGCAAAUGUGCCCUGCCAAUAUACAGAUCAACUCUCCUUUGUAUUAAGGACCAUCAUUUGGUCUGAUACCUGCUUGUGUCCCUGGUGUACAGCAGGCAGUGCCUUUUUCUUUCAGCUGUGUGUGCAUAGUGGUCUGGAAAAUGCCAUGAUGGUGUGCAGUGAAUUAACUGAGGGGGAGGCGGGGGGGGAGGGGGGUGUUAAUACAAUUAAGAUUUUACGAGGAACACGAGCUUUUGAUUACUCCUGCUCAGGAAAUCUUUCAAAGCCUUACAUGUGCUGAAGGUUGGGUUUCAGAAGUUGAUAUUACAGAGGGCAAGGGAUACUCUAUGCAUGAUUUUAGGCUUCCCUGUGUUUUGGGAAUAUCUUGCUUUUUUUUUUCUUAAAUUAAUCUUUUAUUGUAACUGAGGUCUGAACCACCAGUAUCUUUGACCAAAAGUUCUUUGUUCGUCAGGCUGCUCCUAGUCUCUGAGACGGCAGAUAUCUGGGAACUGCAGCUUUGUGUGGAAACCAAUCAAAUUUCAUGUGUUGAAAUUCAGAUAUCUUUACAAAAAAAUAAAGAUGAAAUUAGUUUUUAAAAAUGUUACAAUGAAAAUAUUUUGAGUAAUUGGUGGAAUAUUUGUUUUCAUGGUCUUUGAAUCUUUGUGCAGAGUGAUGUUUUAUUGAUGUUGAAUAGUAAACUACCCACAAUGUCCUAUGUCUACACCUCUGUGCCAGUUAGAAUGCUGUUCAUCUUCCCUCAAAGAUGGAUAAAAUUUCUGGAAAAAAGAUUGGGGCUAAAAAAUUAAUAAAGCAUUAGUCCCUGAA